CUGGUAUGGUUUUGGAGUUCGAACUUCCGAAUUUUAAAAAUGUCAAUUUUUAAAUGUCAUUAGAACUAAGUGACAUUAGAGCUAAUGGAUAAAGCAAACGAUUUCGUGGAUUGAAUCGAUUUUAUAUCAACAUUAAAUGUAUUUUACCAACCAAAAAAAAAAAAAAUAAUAACUCAAGUACCAUUUUAUCGCGCCAUUUUUAAACUAACUAAUCUAAGCAAACAUUAUCUUAUUUGAAGUUAAUCCACCGAUUUAAGUGUUGCAAUCAUUUUUUAAACUAUCACUUUAUUGACAAGCGAAAACAAAAUAUCAAUUAAUUCUAAGCAUACUUAGAAAACAUGAAGGUGCUCGUUUUCGGUUAUUUUUUAUUAAUUCAGAUCGUUUCAAAUCACGGAUUUCCCGCUGAAUGUGCAAUAAAAGUGUCAAGCUUUGCUUAUAGCGAGGACACACACGAUGGUUACAUAGUAUGGGAACAGGUUAGUUCAGAGUGUACAACCGACCCUCAUUACAGAGUUAAAUACAAAAUUGGGGACUCUGAAGAAAUAGGGGUAUCCCCGCUUCCAUAUGUCCAAAUGGCGAUCAUUCCUUUACAAAGCGUAACAUGCGAACAAGUUGAGGCACAGGUAUACGUUAUCGUAAAUGGUGAGAUAGCUGGGAUGUCUAUUUGGGUUAAAAUCAUGCGAGAAUUGGGAAAAGUUAAAGAAUUAAAAGCUACGCAAUCUCCCCAGGGAGUCGUUGUGGAAUGGGACCCAAUAAAUCUUGGUGAAAAUUGCGACGAAACUUAUUUAUUUCAAUACAAAAUUGAUGGUGCAGAAGUGGAACAAAAAAGUCUUGUUGAACCUAAUAUUUUAAUUGAAUUAAUUGAUGAUACUCCUUGCACCAACAUCGAAAUACAAGUAGUAGCAAAAAUUAAUGGUUUCUCAUCAAAACAAGCCGAGAUAAUCUACGAAAUUAAAAUCCCCCCUGUUGAAAAUGUAAUUUUAUCAAAUAACAACGGAAGAGUCCUCGUCGAUUUCAACCGAAUUACAGUUGCCCCCGCAAAAUGCGGCGAUUUCGAUUACAGAGUAACGUUUGAAGAUUUAGGAUGCUUCAAUACUUCGUUUCAAGUCCUCCCAGUAUCAAAACUAGGCACCGAAGGAACCGCGGUCACCCAAGAAAUCGUGCGCCAACCCGGAGUCGUUAUAAAUCCAACAAUAACCAAAGAAGGCGACGAAAUCGUCUUGAAUUGGUCCCCUCCUAAAGGAGCCGAAGAUUGUAACAUGAUGUAUUUAAUCGAAAUCGACAAAAAGAUUUCAUCAACCCCGUUAACGACGUUACAAAAAUAUGUUGAAUUAGAGAGUUGCGUUGAGGAGAAAAUCGCUAAAAUCACCCCGGUAGUUAUUUAUAAUCAAUUUGACGAUGUUCAAGGAAUUAGUGUUGAUGUUCCAAUAGAAGCGGAGUUAAAAGAAGUUGCGAAUUUAGUAUGCGAAUUAAAUUCAAAUUCUGUUACAUGCACUUGGGAUAAACCCAACGGGAGUGAUAAUUGCGAAAAAAUAAUUUACAAAUUGAGUUAUUAUAACGGCCAAGAAAAUCACGAAGAUGUUGAAGUAACCGAUUUUAAUUUUGAGUUGAUUAAAAAAGAAUUUUGUGUGAUUUGGUUCCAUGUACAACCGAUUGCUUAUUUUAAUGGGAAAGAGUACCAAGGAAAAAUUAAAGAAGCGGAUAUAACGGGAUGUUCAACAUAAAAAUGAUUCGUUGAUAAAAAUAAACGCAUUAAUUUUUGUUUAA